UAAUUUAUUUUUUUUUUGAAGGAAAUUUCCGUUCUUCAUUUCCUAAUUGUCCAUGAUAUGUAUAAUGUGAUGAGUAGGAGUAGACAAUGACCAUGAUGAUUAAUAAAUCAGUACAUGUGUGUGUGUGUUGAAGAUGAUGAUAAAUGGAAUUAUGAAUUUCAUUACAUAUCUCAUGCUUUUAUUGUUUUGAAAAAAAAAUUUUUUAACGGUGACAAAUAAGUGAAAAUAGGCAUGGUCGUCCAUCCAUCCACCUCUCAAUUGUUGUAAACAAAACAAAAAAUUACAUUCACUUUUACUCAUUCCAUUAUUUUUUCUAACCACAAAAUGUUCAAUGAUCGUUCAUUUGGAUAUUUACUUACAAUGAUGAGUGGUAUAUUAUGGGGAUUGUCAACACCAUUCAUGAAACAACAUUCUGGACAUUUAGCUUGGAAUGUUCGUUCGUCACAAAAUAUUCUUUCCAAUGUAUGGCCAAUAAUCAAAAUGUUGUCAUCUAAUUGGAAGUUUAUCACAUUCUUUUUCAUCAAUCAACUUGGCUCAAUUUUAUAUACAUAUUCAUUGUCCUAUACACCGAUCAAUGUUGCCGUACCAUUUAGCAAUUCAAUCAAUUUAACAUUGGUAGUAUUAUUUGGAUGUUUCAAGGAAAAUAUAAUCAUCAAUACAGAAAUUAUCAUUGGUUUAUUUCUAGUCAUUACUGGAAUUACAUUAUGUACAUUAUCGAAUUCGUCAUGAAUUUAAAAAAAAUUUCAAUUACACAUUAAAUUAUGAUAAUAAACCAUUCAUCAUUUGGCAGAAUAUUUAUAUUUUUUUUAAAUGAAUUUAUGGCCAUUUCAUCCAUAAAUGAAGUAUAAUAAUAAUAAUCGAUAUAUCGAGAGUAUAAACAUCAAAUGCAAAAUGCACUCAUGUUUUUUUUUUACUCUCCCGUUUUUAUUAUAUCGUGGAUUCACUCGAUCCAAAGUUGUGUUUGUAUAUAUGUAAUGAAGUGAAGUAAUACUCAUGACAGAAAAAUAAAGAUGAUGAUGAUGAUGAUUUUAUUCAA